CACCGUCUUUCUCGAUUUCUUAUUCUUCAAACUUCGCGGCAAACAAGAAGCAUGGCUAUACAUUCUUGUUCGCGCACAGAACAGUCACGCUGGCUCACACGCUGAUAGCCGUCGCUUCGUGAUCGCAUGAUCGUUGAUUACAACAAACCAGCGACUUUUUGUUUCCCGCGGACGAGCUGCAGCGGGCGAUCAUCUGGUAGCCUUCGCGUCCAGUACUGCCAUGGUCGUCGUUUCUGCUCGCCGGGUAAGGCGGUUUUCUAGGGCUACGAAGCCGUUCGACGUGUGGAGGAUCUCGCGACUCGUUUUGAUCGCUUGGAUUGCUUGCUUGGUUCUGCAACGUUUCCUCUCCGGGGUGUUUCCACAGCACUCGCCCCCAUUCUCGCCUGGUGAGCGCGCGCUCAUUCUCACGGCACACCCUGACGAUGAAGUCAUGUUCUUCGCGCCUACUAUCAUGGCCAUGCAAGCAGCUGGUACCACGGUGUUUGGACUCUGCCUCAGUACGGGUAAUGCAACCGGUCUUGGCAAACACCGAGCUCUGGAGUUGGCCGAAUCGUACGACAUCCUCGGGGUGCCAGCCAUGCGGAUCGCCUCCCUAGACGACAACAGCCUGCAAGAUGGCAUGGAAGUGCAAUGGAACGCAUCUUACAUUUCCAGCCUGUUGGAACGGUUCAUAGAACAGCUCGACAUUGAUGUGAUUCUCACAUUUGACAGCGAGGGAGUCACACGGCACGCAAAUCAUCAUGCAUGCUUUGAAGCAGUGCGUUUGGCGGCUGGCAACGACAAGGCGCGUGCUUCCCUCGGACAAACCUCACCAUCCCACACACUCCGUAUAUUGACUCUGGCCACUGUCUCACCGCUCUGGAAGUUCCUGGGUCUACCAAAGGCCCUGCUUGACAAUGUGACGUUAAGGGCGAAGCAUCGAUACGGCUUGGCGCAGGGCUCGUUCCAUGUCUUGGGAGCGCCGAGCCACUACUGGACUGCACUUCAGGCAAUGCGCAAGCAUCAAACUCAGCUUGUCUGGUUCCGGUAUCUCUACAUCAUCUUCUCCGUCUAUAUGCGCUCAAACACGCUAAUGCAGCUUACGGCAUGAAUGAGGGAUCGCCUUCAUUAGGGAGAAGUGUCCUUGUAUUUGUUCAGCAUCCUUGGAAUCCCCAAACAAAAUCGUCAAACAAGUCUCUCGACCACGUUGACUAUAUGAUCCUCCGACAGCAAUUCUUCAACUCUCCAACACCGUCUGCUCACCUUCUCCAGCGUUUCCCUCCGCCUUCACUCGUCGCCACUCGCAUGUGCGGGCGCCUUGUUCGCCAUGGACAUCAACAAUACAUUCAGCGUUGUGAACAUAGUUUCGACCGCGGAGUACAUCUCCAAGGCAACGUCGGCAGCUGGCCUGGCGGUCUUUGGGAUCGAGUACAUUCUCACCUUUCCGGCUGAAAUAGCACU